AACAAAGGACGACAUCAAGCCUAUGGAUAUCCAAAAUAUCAAUCUUUUAAAUGUUCGACUGAACAUGAUCUCAGGUAAUCUUUUACCAAUGACUGCAAAAAAUUCAUCGUUUCCCGUAUUAUGGAGGAUGUACAGCUUUCUAGUGUGGUUGCUUGAAAUAGUUCAAACAUGUAUAACAAUUCCCGGAUGCAUCUUUGUGCCGAAAGAAAAAGCUCUAAAAGAUGGUUUGGUCGCUAUUGUGGUCACAAUAGAAGUGGUCUUCCUGGUCGUACAAAUUCACGCGCGUAGGAGAUUAAUGCAGCAAUUGAUCCAGAAAUUGAAUAAUCUUUUAGGCAUAGAAGACAAAAUGAUGAAAAGCACGGUAAUAGCGACGUUGAAGCCGAUGAAGAUUCCCCUUAAGUUUUACUGGAUGGCCGGCAUGGUAUCCAUAAUUAUAUGGAGUGGCGUACCGUUUACGUUAGUCUUUCAAAGAGAUAUCUUUUUCUAUGUGGAUUACAGAAUGCCGAUUGCCUACACCAAAGAACCAUUCUCGACCAAUAUCUUUGUAUUUGGAAGUUUUAUUAUAAUGACCAGCAGCAUGUAUAUUUUUACAAAAAAAGUCAGCGUAGAUAGCUAUAUGAUAAAUCUGAUAUUGUUAAUAACGGCUCAAUAUAAAUACAUCGCUUUAAAACUCUCAAUGAUAUUUCACGAUGAAAUUUCGCAGUAUGAUCAUAAUUAUUCUAAUCAAAAGAAGCAUUAUUCUCAAACAAAUUAUGAUGCAGAAAAACAAAUGAAAUCUUUAUGUCAACAUCAUAACGCGGUUAUUUGCGUAACGUUAAUGUUAAGAAAACUGCUGUCUUUAAAUUUUAGUCUAAUAUAUGUUAUCAGUAUCCUUCGGUUUUGUGGCAUCGCUAUCAUGGUAAUUUCAAUACCAUCAACUACUUUAUUGGAAGGAUCUUUGAUCGUUAUGUACGCGUCUGGAGGAAUAGUGCAGCUCUAUAUAAUAUGUUCUUGUGUACAGAAGCUAUUAGAUGCGAGCGUUGAAAUAACAGAUCAAGCAUUUCAUAAGCAAUGGUAUCGAUUCGGAGCAUCUAUAAAGCGAACAUUUAUAUUUAUGAUAAUAGCUAAUAAUUUAGAACUUAAACUCUCAAAAUUUGAAAAAUACAAUUUGUCUCUGUCUUCUUUCAUGGCAAUCUUGAAUCAAUCAUAUUCAAUCGCACUUUUACUAUUAAGAACUAAUUGA